AUGGUGAGAGCCUAUAGAAAUUACGGACAUCUUGAGGCUGAUAUUGAUCCUCUCGGAAUUAAUACUCCCAAAAAAGGAAGCACCAUUGAAUUAAAUCCUGCCAUAUAUCAUCUGAAAGACAUAGACCAAGUCGGAUCCACUGCCGUUGAUAUUGAUGGAAUUGUUCAUAUCGGAAGUGCUCAAUUCCCAAAGAAAACAGCAACCAUUCCAGAAAUUGUGAAUCAUCUCAAAGAUGUCUAUUGUGGAAAUAUUGCUGCUCAAUUUUCUCAUUUGGAAACAACCAAGGAACAAUUGUGGUUGGCUAAACAAUUGGAAGCUUUGCAAAGCGAAAAUAUGUCAUCGCAAGAACAAAAGAGAGCAAUGAAAUUGAUGGUUGAAAGUGAAGCUUUUGAUCAUUUCAUGGCAAGAAAAUUCCCUGGUGUGAAGAGAUAUGGUUUGGAAGGAUGUGAGUCCAUGAUUUAUGCUAUGGAUGUUGUGAUGGAACAAUUAGCACAAGACAACAUUUCAGAUAUUGUUCUUGGCAUGCCUCACAGAGGUCGUUUGAAUUUAUUGACUGGCUUGUUGAAUUUCCCAGCUCGUGCCUUGUUCCACAAAGUGAAAGGAGGUUACGAAUUCCCUGAAGAAUUGAUUGCAACUGGAGACGUUCUUUCUCAUCUUGGUAUUAGUACUGAACUUGUUUAUGGUGACAAGAAAGUUUCCUUGUCCUUGUUGAACAAUCCUUCUCAUUUGGAAGCUAUUAAUCCUGUGGCUCUUGGUAAGACACGUGCCAAGAUUAGUCACGGUAAGAAUGCUGCUUGCAUUUUAAUGCACGGAGAUGCUUCAUUUGCUGGACAAGGAAUUGUUGCUGAAACCUUCACCUUGUCAAGAUUACCAUUGUUCAAGACCGGCGGUACUAUUCACAUUAUUGUGAACAAUCAAAUUGGUUUCACUACUGCUCCACAUCUUUCAAGAAGUACUAGAUAUUCUGGAGACGUUGGUAAGAUGGUUGGAUGUCCAAUCUUGGCUGUUAAUGCUGAAAAUGUUGAUGAUGUCAGAAAAGUCAUGAUUAUUGCUGCCAAAUACAGAGCCAAAUUCAACAAGGACAUUAUUGUGGAAUUGUUUGGUUAUCGUCGUCAUGGCCACAAUGAAUUGGACGAACCAUCUUUCACACAACCAAAAAUGUAUCAAGUCAUUCGAUCCAAACAAACCUUCCCAGUCGCUUUCUCUGAACAAUGUGUGAAAAAUAAUGUCACAACACCACAAGAAGUGUCCAAGAUUAGAGAAAACUAUACUCAACAUUUGGACAAUGAAUACAAGGCUGUUGAUACUUACAAGCCUGAGAAACGUUAUUUCUUGGGAGAUUGGCACAAUAUUAUUCAAGCUACUGACUUUUCGAAACUUUCUCUUCCAAUUACUGGUUACAAUAUGAAGAGAUUGAAGGAAAUUGCAAUUGCUAGCUAUCACAUCAGUCAACGUUUGCAAUCUCUUCAAAAGGAUGAAAAAGAUAUCCACGUUGAUUGGGCUACCGCUGAAGUGAUGGCAUUUGGUUCCCUGCUCGAUGAAGGUUACACUGUCAGAUUGAGUGGUCAAGAUGUUAUUAGAGGUACUUUCAACCAAAGACACUUGGAAUUUGUUGACCAAGAAAAUGAGUCAAGAAUUCUUCCAAUGCUUGGCGCCAUUCCAGGAGCUAAGGAAAGAUUUGAACUUGGUCAGUCACCACUCUCUGAAUUUGCAGUGAUGGGCUUUGAAUAUGGCUACACUAUUGAUAAUCCAAACAACUUCUCUGUCAUGGAAAUGCAAUUUGGUGAUUUCUUUAAUGGUGGUCAAAUUAUUAUUGACACCUUCAUUGGAAGUGGUGAAGAUAAGUGGUGUUUGUGCUCUGGUUUAACCUUGUUGCUCCCACACGGUAUGGAUGGAGCUGGUCCUGAACACAGUAGCGGUCGUAUUGAAAGAUUCCUUCAAUUGUGUGACAGUGACAUUAAUACUGACGAGUUGGUCCAGAAGCGAGUCAAUAUGUGUGUCGUUAAUUGUUCGACUCCUGCUAACUAUUUCCAUGUGUUAAGAAGACAAAUGAAGAGAAAGUUCAGAAAGCCAUUGAUUGUCUUUACACCAAAGAUUUUGUUGAAGAAGAAGGAAUGUGUCAGUAAUUUGGCUGAAUUCGCUGAAGGUACCAUUUUCCAAAGAGUGUUGACUGACGACUACAAGCACAAGGAUUUAUCUAAGGUCAAGAGAGUUCUCUUCUGCAGUGGUAAGAUUUAUUAUGACCUUUUCGAAGAAAGAGCAAAGAGAAAUAUGGAAGAGCAAGUUUUGAUCAUUAGAUUGGAACAAUUGAGUCCAUUCCCAUUCGAACAAUUGUAUGAAGUUAUGAAUAACUGGAAUAAGGAAUGGAUGAAGACUGUUGAGUGGACCUGGGUUCAAGAAGAACAUGAAAAUAUGGGUGCAUACACCUUUGUUGCUCCAAGACUUAAUAAGGCAAUUAACACAGUCAUUCACGGUGACAAUAGAUAUAACUUGAUUGGAUAUAUUGGAAGAAUUGCAGCAUCAGCACCAGCCACCGGUUUGAAGUAUGUUCAUGAAGCAGAAGUGAAACACAUCAUGAACUCUGCUUUUAAGUUCUAA